GAACACGAAAGUUACAACUAAAAUCUGCAAUGUAACCUUCAAUACAUCUUACAAUGCAUAGAUUGAUAUAAGUCGCGUGCUAAUACUUCAAGAAGCAGUCAAGGAUCAGCAUAAAAUUUCAGCUGUUGAGGUAACGCUGCAAGAUUGCUAAUGAACUCAAAAAGUGGUGACAUUUAAUACCAGCUUCUAUCUGAAUUUUCCUCCCAUCAAGCUUUUAAAUAUUAAAUUAUGUGAAACCCUCAAUCUUCAUCUACAUACAACCAGAUACUAUCAAAAUGGGUGAAAUCAAGCUCCCCGACAUCGUUUCAAGUGUCGGCGACUUUCUGCGCACCUCCGCAGAUGAUUCCGGAUCAAAAGCUUGGUUUGACUUGAAUCUAUGGAACAGGCAGAACUAUUUGAUCCUGACACCUCUUUAUCUCAUUAUUUCACUAUGGCUCAUCUAUGGUAUUGGUCUUGUAGCAUACCGAUUAACAUUAUCUCCCAUUGCCAAGAUACCAGGACCGAAGAUAGCAGCUGUGACAUUUUGGUAUGAAAUUUAUUACGACAUUUGGCUUGGUGGGACAUAUUACCGCAAGAUCAACGAGAUGCAUAAGAAAUAUGGCCCUAUUGUGCGCAUCAAUCCUUAUGAGGUCCACUUGAACGACCCUGAUUUCAUCGAUUCUGUCUUUCCUGGACCUGGGAGACAGACCAACAAAUUUUUCUUCACUGGUAGAAGAACAGGAACUCAAAACUCUAUCGUUGCAACCAUCGACCAUGAUAUGCACCGCAAAAGACGCAACACAAUCACCAAUUUCUUUUCAAAUGCUAGUAUUCGCAGACUAGAGCCUGUCAUGAAAGAACACAUUAAUACGCUUCUAUCUAGAAUGCAAGUAGCGGGAACAACGGAGAAAGUCUUGCCUAUGCAUUUCGUGUUCCGGGCUUGUACCAGCGAUCUCAUUACUCAGUAUGCUUUUGGGGAAUCUUUCCAUUUCCUAGAAAAAGAAGAUUUUUCCAUGCCUUAUAUGGAAUCUACAGACGUUUUCUUCAAACUCAACCAUACCUUCUGUCACUUUCCUUGGGUUGGUACAUUGCUAGCAUCGUCACCACCUUGGGCGAUUAAGACUUUUAUUCCAUCUCUAACCGAAAUGUGGGAUAAAGCAGCGAUGUGGAUAGAGCGUGUCGAUGAAGUUAGAAAUUCUCCGAACCCUGAAAAAAUCAAGACCACAAUUUUUGAAGGCGUGCUGAGUAGUAAACUUCCUGAUGAGGAAAAGACCAAUCUUAGGCUAGCCCAUGAAGCACAGUUGGUUGUAUUUGCUGGAGAAGGUACAACAGCCUACACGCUUCAAUCUGCUCUCUUUCAACUACUUGCCAAUCCCAAGGAAUUUGAAAAAGUGAAGGCAGAGGUACUUUCAGCUAUUCCAAAUCCAGAUAGCCUUCCAUCUUUCUCUGAGGUCGAGAACCUACCGUACCUGAACGCUGUGAUUCAAGAGAUAAUUCGCAUUCACCCUGGCGUUGUCUCACGCCUGCCGCGAGUCUCCCCCAAAACUCCGACUUUGUACCAUGACAAGAAAAAUGACAAGGAGUAUAUCAUUCCAGCCGGUACUUCGACGAAUAUGACUGCCCAAAUUGCACACAUGAAUCCCGAUGUUUUUGAGGAUCCAUAUGAGUUCCGCCCACAAAGGUGGAUUGACGAUCCAAGACUCGACAAAGCCUUUAUUGGUUUUGCCCGAGGUACGAGGAAUUGCAUUGGGAUGAACUUUGCACGCCUCGAAAUGUCCCUGGUCCUUGCGGCUAUCAUUCAAAAGUAUGACAUUUAUCGCGGACAAGACGGGCCAACGCUGGAAUUGUUUGACACAAUCCGUGAAAGGGACAUUGAUUUAAAUCACGAUUAUAUUAUACCUUUUCCUGCCAAAGGUAGUCCAGGUUUACGCGUCAAGAUAAGAAAUUAGAAAGUUUCCCAGUUAUCCUGGGAGGGGGGAGAAUGAUUACUGAACUUCAGAGGGAAAAUGGGGUUUGAGGGCAGAUUGGAUGGGUUUUUUGGGACGAAUUAGAAUGAACUCCAUCCACAAAAGUAGAAUCGACGUCUUCGAAAUAUGGGUUAUAUGUUUGCAUACAAUAUUCAGGGUAUUCAUAAAAAUUCGAAUAACAUAAUUUUCA